CGUAUCUAUAACGAAAAGGCAAGACACUUGCUUUAAUCCGAUUUUAUUUUCCUUACAAGCAAUUUAUAUAAGUUCUGCAGCUCUGUCUCUGUCCAGUUCAUCAUGUUGACAUUCAGAGAACUGUUUGUCUUCUGCUGUUUCUGUGUGAUUAUCUUCUCGGAUUCUAUCCAAUGUCGCGCCGCAGAACAAAGAUAUUCUCAAAACGAAACACACGAGAAGAUCUCAGUAUUCGCCAACACUUUGCUUCGAGUAAAAAAUUUGGUCGCAGGCGCUGUAGUUGUGGUCAAGAAUGACGAAGUAGUCUACAGACAAGGUUUUGGCCGACGGAACCUAAGCAGCGAAGCUAAAGUUGAUAAUAAUACCUUAUUUGGCAUAGCUUCUUUGACGAAGGCAUUUGGAGCGGCAACUCUUGUUAAAGUAAUUGAGGAGAUGAAAAACGUGUCCCUGAAAACACCAAUCAGUGAUUACCUGGACGACAUUGAGUUUUCUACAGAACAAAGAACGAAAUAUGCAAAUAUUGAAGACUUACUGGCGCAUCGAAUGGGUUUACCAAGAAACAACUUUCUGCGACUGAAUCAAAAUUUCAACAGACAAACCAUUCCAAAGUUCCUUAAAUAUUUCGAAGAAAUUGCGGAUUUCCGAGGCAGUUAUGUGUAUAGCAAUAUCAUGUACGGAUUGGCGACUUUAAUUACGGAGAAACUGGCCAACAACACGUGGGAAGAUGUAGUUACAGAGAAAAUUCUUCGUCCAUUGGGGAUGAAUGCAACGAAAUUCAGCACAAGGUCCAGUGGGGACGCGGAGAACAUCGCCAGGUCUUAUGUGGAACAGGAGAAAAAACGUCUGGUACAAGUGCCAUUUUCUUUCAAACGGAAAUGGGCCGAUAUUGGUGCUUCCGGCUCAAUACAGACUACUGCUAAUGAUAUAUCGAAAUGGAUGCGGUUCCUCCUCAACGGCAACACUUCGCUUCUGUGUAAUAUUUUCAAAGUUCGUAAUUUUGCAAUACAAACUAAAAAUCGAUUUCAUCGACCGGAGAUGCCGGUUGAGUAUUCCAAUAGCCAAUAUGCUUUGGGAUGGAAUAAAGGUCAUUAUAGAGGAUAUCCCAUUAUAGUACACACGGGAACAAGCUGGGGAGAUGCUUCAAUUUUGCUCCUUUUCCCAGAAGAAAAAUUAGCAGUCUUCGGUGUCCUUACUGGCUCAGAUACCAAACAUUUGAAAAGAAUAUUAUUAGCGCAAUACGUGGCUGAUCUAUAUCUUGGUUUUGAACCCUGGAUAAAUGCGACUUCCAUAAAGGAUUUUGUAGUUCCAAAGCACAAAUCCAAGUGUCCAAGACCAGCUGCAAGAAGAAGCACCAUUGGUUUGUUUCCCAGAAAUUUCCCCGAGUGUCGGAAAACAAUUACGAAACCAAACAAUAUUAGUAUCUUACCAAGUAAUUUUUCUAGCUAUGACGGAAUCUAUAACAAUAUAUUGUGGGGGAACAUUACUGUGACUUACAACACGGAAUCACAAGGACUAUUCUUCACAUACGGUUUUGCAACAUUUCAAUUGCUUCCAAGAUCGCGAAAACACAGAAGUUUUGCAGCAAAAGGAAUUGGAGAAAUGUGUUUUAUGAGACUGAGUUCGAUAAAUUUCGAAUAUACUCGGAACAAAGGAAUUACAUCGAUGACAAUUCCGUCCUUCGAGAGGUCAAUGCCACCGACGUUUUUGAAAAUAAGUUAAACUGGAAAACAGAAAACACACACAUACACACAAACACAUACACGCAUGCACGCACACAUGCAUACACACGCGCGUGCACACACGUUUACACAUAUUUAGACAUGUUUUUUUCUCUCCUCUCUCCUCUCUCUC